GGGAAAACAGCCCUCAUGCACGCCUGCAUCCACGGCGCUGGGGGAGACGUGGUGACCCUGCUGCUGGAGAACGGGGCAGACCCCAGCCUGGAGGACCACUCGGGAGCAUCAGCUCUGGUCCAUGCCAUCAACGCCGAUGACAAGGGCGUGCUGCAGCACCUCCUGAACGCCUGCAAGGCCAAAGGGAAGGAGGUAAUCAUUAUCACCAUGGACAAAUCUGCCUCUGGCACCAAGACCACCAAGCAGUACCUGAACGUUCCCCCCUCGCUGGAGUUCAAGGAGAGGGCAUCCCCCGAGGCGUGCACAGCACCCUCCAGCGCACACCCGAAAACACCCAUCUCAGCACCUUCCCCUGCCGAGAAGGAAAGCGGCAUCUUCAGCCCACACCCAUCGCACCCCGGGGACAACCCCUCUGCCAGAUCUGCCGACGAGCCCCCCUCCCCAGGCCAGAGAGCUGGUGCGGCCAGGAGAGCCCGCCUGCCCCAGCUGAAGCGGCUGCGGUCAGAGCCGUGGGGUCUGGUCGCACCCUCGGUGCUGGCGGCCUCCAUGUACCGCGACGACACGCGGGUCUGCGUGGAUGACGAGGUGAUCAUGGGCAUCGGCGACCUCUCGCUCUCCAAAAAGGCUCCCCUCACCCGGAGCGGCAGCAGCAAGAGCAGGGACCCCUCUCUCUUCCCCCCGGUAGACGAGCAGGCUCUGCGGGCACCGCCAGCCCCUGGGCUGCUGGCCAGAAAAGCGGCCUACGAGAAGAGCCAGGCUGCCCACCAGCGCCUGCCCCGAAGGAGCCCCGUCCCCGAAGUGCCGGAGACCGUCAGCUUCGCUACCGCCGGCUCGGCUGCGGCGAUGGAUGCUCUGCACUGGCAGAGGCUGGGCACCGAGCACUAUGACUGUGACCCCCAGCUCUCUGGCAUCCCCAGCCCGGCCGAGGUGGGGAAGGUGCCAUCGGAGAGGAGGAAACUCAGUGGGUCCCACCUGGCCUUGCUGGACGGCUCGCGGGAGUCCCCCGGCACAUCACCUGGGACCAUCCGGCGCCGACCGCCCAGCUUGCUGGAGAGGCGAGGGUCUGGGACCCUGCUGCUGGACCACAUCUCCCACAAAAGGCCGGGAUAUCUGCCCCCCCUGAACGUGAACCCCAACCCCCCGAUCCCCGACAUUGGCUCCACCAGCAAAACCUCCUCCCUGCUUGCUGCUGGCUUGAAGUCCCUGGUACCCAUCGCUCCGAGCUCGCCCAGACGGGGCGACUUGAGAGCCAAAAGGAAGCUUCUCCGGAGACACUCCAUGCAAGCGGAGCAGAUGCGGCAGCUCUCCGAUUUCGAGGAAAUAGUGGCCCAGUAG